CCAAGUUAAUGCUAGUAGCUUGUAACCUAGCUUAGUAUGAAACCCUGCAACAGCUAAAGCUCGACAUUACUUAGCGCCUUAACCUUCUUCACUACAUAACAUUGGUUUAUUACUCUUGUUUAACACAUCCGGAUCAAAUGGUUUAUGAGACUGUGCAGUCAUGGGUGACAUGAAAACCCCAGAUUUUGAUGACCUCCUGGCAGCCUUUGACAUCCCAGACGCCACAGGAUUGGACGCUAAAGAGCCUAUCCAGGACAGUCAUGAGGCGACAGAAAGUCAGCUGAAACACCCAGGGAUGUGUUUAGAUGACAGCUUGUUGAGUGAUCAGGCUGUCACAACAGACAUUCCUGCUGUUAGUGUAAUUGUGAAAAACACAAGUCGCCAGGAGUCAUUGGAAAACUUUGCUGAGAGGCUUCACUCUGGACCAGCAUUGCAAAAUGGAUUCAGUGGACAAGGGACCACAAUUGACAUGGCUGAGGCAAAUGACACUUGCUUUUCCAAGUCGUUUGUCUCUGCACUGAAUGGGGAGAGAUCGGGGGAGCUUCAUGGAGAGUCACCUAUUCAGCAUAAACCUGAUGGGACAUUCUCCCAGUCACUUUCUCAUCUUAGUCCAGUAUCCAGUCCUGAGGCUGAACAUACUCAGUGUGGUAGAGAAGAAAUGCACUCAAAACUAGAGAAACAUAGUUUCCAGGGAGCUUCAGGUUUGCUAGAACAUUCUACCCCAGAUGCUUCAAAAAAACUAGACAUUAGCGCAUUUGAUGAAUGUACAAAGGAAUCUCCCAAGAACACCAGUCAGAGUAGAGCAGAAAGUAGUAGAAUUGAGGAGACGUCUGACAUCUGUAUUAGUAAAGAAACAGGUAAAACUCCUAGAUUACACAGUGCACUUCCCCCACCUAAUGAUAACCAUAAUUUUAUUGAGACCAACUAUAAGUCCGGGAUCACAGAUGAUAUUCCCUCCACUUAUAUGAAAUCUCAGACAAAACUAUCCUCUUGUCUAGAGGCCCUGGUUGCUUUGAAUGCUAGAAAAGAUCCCAGUGAGCAGACAAAUCCCAGAGAGUCAGCAGUGUCUCAGAAUGACUGUUUGAAAGCCAGCCCCAAGGUGCCUAUAUCCCCACGAAGUCCUAGAAGCCCCCUUGAAGCCGUGAAACGGCUAAUGAAACCCUCAGACAGUCCUGUGAGCAUCUGCAGUGAUAGUAGUGGCAAAGCCUCCCCUGCAGUAGUGUCUGCGUCACCCCCAGCCAUACCCAGGGUAAGAAUAAAGACCAUCAAAACCACAUCUGGGCAGAUCAAGCGUACAGUAACCAGUGUGUUGCCUGAUUCAGAAACAGAUGAAGUUCAUUCUGCUUAUGAAUCUUCUCCCUCACAGAGUAUGAUUAGUGAAGAUUCUUAUAACAUGUCCCCUCACCAAAGUACAGCUGUUGAUAGUAUUGCUGGAUUCCAGAUGAAAGGUAUCUCAGUGAGUGCAUCUUCACCAAAAGUUUUACUCAGCAAAUUAGACAUAAAUUCAAGGAGGACAGGAGUAUCGCAGUCAACACCAGUUUUCCAUAACUCCAGUGGAUCCAUCAAACGACCUGUUUCACAAAAGGGGCAGAAACCAAAGAGACUAUCAGCCACAACAGGCAAUGCAGCUAGCACCAACUUCCUUCCCAAAGCAAUGCACUUAGCUAGUUUGAACCUGGUUCCUCACAGUGUUGCUGCCUCAGUAACAGCUCGGUCUACUUCUCAUCAGCAGAGCCAGCCCACACUCCCCUCUAUGGUGUACAGUACUGUUCCUCUGGUGCAUCAGGUCAAGACAGCCAACCCUUACCCGCGAGCCUCCAUUCCCAACACUGCAGCAGGAACCUUGAACAGACUGUUGAACAACGCCAACCCUGUGCCUACAUACAUGCCCGACCUGAACCCCCCACCUGAGAGCAAUAUCAGCCUUCCACCACGUGGAUAUUGCUGCCUAGAAUGCGGGGACUCCUUUGGGGUCGAGAGGAGUCUUACAUAUCAUUACAGCAGGAGGAGUGUACAUAUUGAAGUUGCAUGCACCCACUGUGGAAAGACGAUGGUGUUUUUCAACAAAUGUGCAUUGCUGGCACAUGCUCGGGAGCACAAGAACAAUGGCACAGUGAUGCAGUGCACACAACUCCACAUGAAACCUAUAGCUGAGGAGCAAAUGUUUGUACCUUUGAGUACGGAACCUGUGAAUGUGGACUCUAACACUUCUACAUCCUCACAUAAAAGCCAACCUGUCAUGCCCCUUUACCCUGAUAAUGUCAUUCGCCAGCGACUUUGUUGCUUGGAGUGUAACAAGCAAUUACCGGACUUCAAAGCACUUGCAGGUCAUUACCAGAGGCAAUCAGAAGAUACAGACGGACUAAUGUGUAAGGUGUGCUCAAUGUGGCUACCCAACAAGUGCAGUUUCAGAGCUCACCAACGCAUUCAUGCACACAAGUCCCCAUACUGUUGUCCUGAGUGUGGUGCCCUGAGUCGCUCUGCAGACAUUCAAAAGCAUGUAAAGGAAAACUGCCUGCACUACACACGCAAAGCUUGGUACAAAUGUCUUCACUGUGACAUGGUGUUCAAGUCAUUUCAAGGACAAAAGGCACACAUUGAAGAGAAACACUGUGAAAUCCUCUUCAAGUGCUCCGCCUGUCCACUCGCCUUCAAGACAUCUGACAGCUGCGAAGUUCAUUUAAAAAACAAACACAGUGCGAGCAAAAUGACCCCUCAGUUAAUUUUUAAGUGUUCAUGUGAGACAAUAUUCAAGAAAAAGCAGUUACUGUAUCAGCAUUUUCAUCAGGAUGCCAGCAAGCGUGUUACGUGUGUGUUCAAGUGUCCAAAAUGCAACUCAGUCUUUCCACAAAAGCAGCUUUUAAUGCAGCACUACAAGGGUGUACAUGUAGGAAACGCUACAGUAGAGAAGAGCAAGAAACAAAAGAAUGAGCAAGACCAGGAUACCAAUUCCAUCCAAGAGAAGAAGCAGAAGGGUCCCAGCCUUGUUAAACACACAGAUAAUCCCAGAAAGAAGGUGGAACAGGACAGUAGGCCACGUGCAAAGCCCACCGGCUGGACCUGUGGGGACUGUCUACAGUGGUUCCCUGAACGGGACUCUUACGUUUCUCAUGUGAAGACCACCCAUAGCAAGUCAGUCAAGCGAUAUCCAUGUCGACAUUGUGAGCAGUCUUUCAACUUUACAACAAGUCUGAGACGACAUGUACGCAACGUUCAUGAUGGAAAAAAGAAAAUUUACAUUUGUUGGUAUUGCACAGAUAUCAAGACUACAUUCACAACAAGUGUGAUGUUGAAGAAUCACAUUAGUCUUAUGCAUGGGAUUAAAAAUCCUGAUUUGCGGCAAAUGCCAAAAAUACUCAUUCAGGAAUCCAAAAAGGCUGUGGGCAAGGGGCCUGUAUCAGAAACUCCUGCCGUUAACAAAAAGAAGGAACGGGGGCAGCAUGAAGCUCAUCUGGAGGCGCCUUCAGCAAAACGUCUGAAAACACAGUUCUGCUGCUCAAAGUGUGGUUUUCUUACAAACAACAGUACAGAGUUUCAACAGCAUAUACCUCAACAUAAAACAGAUGAAAGCAGUCAUCAGUGCCUUCACUGUGGCCUGUGUUUCACAUCUGUACUGUCGCUCAACAGACAUCUUUUCAUUGUACACAAAGUCAGAGAUCCUGAGGGAGAGGAGGAGGAGCAGGGUAAUGAGCCGGUUAGAUCAGUAGAGAAUAAGGAGGUAAAUGACUUGUUACCGGAGCUAAAGAAAACUGAGCCCCCACAGGCAGAAGAGCCAGCGAGUCUGCUCUGUGAGAAGCCCUGAGACUGUAAUCUAAACCUGAGCACUCAGACACAAGCAGUCUCUCUCCAGUAAUGAGACCAGCCUUCUUCUAAAGCUGCUUUAAUAUUUUUCUGUUUUGUUGAAAGUAACAGAAUUUCAGUCUGCAUGGGGGUUCUGCAUCAAAAUGUCUGGGCCUUUAAUUUAUAUGCAUAUUUUUUCAUUUAUUUUAUGAAGCUUGCAAUGAUCAUGGAAAGAACCCAAUCCUUAACCUUAAUGACGGAACAGUAUUUUCAUAAAUACAGAUAUUCAGUUACUUUUAUUUAACUUUGCAUGUCUUAAUAUGUUCAUCUUGCCUUUUACACAUACAGCUACUAUACUCGUAUUACAAAUUAACCUUAUUUCUUCAGAUGUUCCAUCCAACCAGAAAGGAGACUCAGGAAUGUGUGUGUGUUUAAGGUCUGAUAUUAAUUUAAGUCAGAGUGAAAGGGUGGAUGAUCUAUGUCAUUAACAGUAGUUAUAUUAUUUAAAGCUAAAUGCUACUGCCUAAAUGGGUUUUAAAUAUGUAGACUCUUAAGCCAUCAUUUAGUACAAAACAUAGCUUAGUUCAAUAUCAAUAUUCAUUUAAAGUCAGCACUUACAUAUUCAUAUUAUAGAGUAGGUGGAGUUUCUGUUUUAACCAAAGCCGAGACGUUUGGCUAUUCCUACAGAAAGAACAAGAUUUGCUUUUUGACCACUUAAGAAUCCUGAAUGCUUUUGUCCUUGUUUACUGAAAAUGUGUAUGAUUGCAUGCUGCAAAUGUUGCUUUUUUAAGCGUUUUUUUUUUUUUUAAUGAAAACGUGGGGAGGUAUGGGAUGUGUGGUGUAACAGUAUUGAAUAUACCUCAGUUUGCCAAAAGUGUAUUAUUCAGGCAAAUGAAUGGUCUAUGUUAUGUCCAAUCAGGGUACAUUGUUGUGGAUAAUCCUGAGUAGGAGUGGAAGUGACACUCACCAGUGUAUCGGAGUUCAUGUUUUAUAGAUUUUGACCUGUUAACAUCAAGUCGUUCAUAAAUGUUAAGAUAGUAACCCUUUCUAAUAUCUUUGAAUGAGAUUUUAGAGAAAUAAGUGUUAUUUUAAUCAUAUUAUGGCUACUACUUGUAUUCAGAUCUCAAUUUGUAAAGCAGUACUUCUUGUUUUGUAUUGAACGUGACAGUUCCUACCUCCAUAGGAAAUGGCAGUGAUUGUUAAAUGUUGAAGGGCUUCGAGGAGUUGCAGAUAAUCUCAGUGCAAUGUAAAAAAAAAAAAAAAGUUUAUAAAAAUGUGUAUUAUCCCACAUUAUAAAAUUUUAUAAAUUAUUUGGGAACAAUGUUAAGGCCAUGUGGUCAUAUUGACCUGAAUGGCAAGUGAAUUUUUCUAUGUACAUGCUAUAUGAACUCAGUUUCUCUGUAAUCUUAAACAUCAGUCCUUAAAUCACUAAACUGCAGCUGUUAACCUGCACAGACUGAAAUGUAUUACUUAUUCACAACUUGUUCUUUUGUAAUGCUUAUUGAAAGAUGUUUGUACUUUUGAUACAGUGUAUAAUAAGGACUUGUAUGAAAAGUAAUGUGUACAUAAAAUAGCCAACAAACCCUGAAUCCAUGGCAUUUUGUAAGCCAUUACAUCUAUUCAGCAUGCAGUGGCCUGUGUGCCUUGCAGUUAUGUUUACCUGAGGUACAUAAAAAUAAACUGGUGCAUUUAAUUG